CACUGGUAAUCCACUGCAUUGAGUCGCUCUCUCCACUUUGUCAUGCCUUCUCAUGGCUCUUCCGCAAUCCAUGGGGCUGAUGACAGUGAGACAUUUGACACCAGUGGAUUCUUUGUUGGCCCUUCCAGUAUUGACAGCCACACCUCAAUCGAGGACUCACAGGAACUUCCUUCACUGUGCAAAGACCAUGAGGGGUCUCGACCUUUGUUGACGCAUUUCUGGUCAGGUUCAAAACAUCCACUUUCGAGUGGCCAUCCCGAGUUGCGGAAGCAUCAGUCAGUCGCGAAUGGCAUGGAUGAUUAUCUGGCCCUGGGAGCUAUCAGACUUACUAGAACUGCCCAAGAUGCCACGGAUAGCAGAUGGCUCAUGCUUUCUUCUCGACGCGAACUUCUCUACCCGGUUCCUGCCUCACCUCUCGCACUGGGUGAAAAGCGACAGUGGCUGAAGACCGAACUUGUCCACCACCCUACUGACAACCGCCGUGCAUGCCUGAGAGUAUUUGCACUGCCGGAAGAUGUCAAUCGAAGCAGUCGCGGCUCUGUCAAAGACCUUAGAAAGGUCUUGAGAUUUGUCACCGACUUCAUUGACACCUCCUAUCGCACCUGGAAUGGCAACUACGACCCGGAUUCACCUAUCCAAACAUAUGAUGCUCCACCUUCCUCCCAAGAAGAGUCGCUGUUCUACAUUUUCAACACUCUAGCCUCCCCCAAAGUCUCGUUUGACAGUGCGGGCAACUGUCAGUACAGCCAACAAUCCAUGGGUGCUGUGCUCGAUGGUACGAUCGACGGCCUCAGGACGCCCUUAUACCCAUAUCAGAAACGCUCAGUUGCAGCCAUGCUCCAAAAGGAGGCCAAUCCAGCCAAACUGCUUGAUCCAAGGAAAGCUCGGUUUCAUGACCUCCGCGGUAAAGGGUUCUACUUUGAUGUCCUCGAGGGCGUGCUUCUGGUCAACCCUCACUUCUACAGUGAACCUCAGGGUGGUAUCCUUGCGGAAACCAUGGGGUACGGGAAAACACUCAUAUGCAUUGCUCUGAUCCUGGCAACCAGAGGUCACUAUCCAAAACUUCCGGAAGGCAGGCUCGACACUUUAUCCAGAAACAAGAGCAUACGAACCCCCAGCCUACUAGAGUUGGCGGCCAAAAGAGUCAAGCACGUAGGUGCUCCAUGGAAGUCGCAUUUUGCUACGCUUGAGAGACACGGCUACCAGUAUGAUCAAUGUAUUGAGGCGAUCAACAAACACGACAUUGAAUUCGCGGAACCGAUCUUUAAUCCGAUAACGCCGAAUCGAAGACACAAAAAACGCGAAGACUUCAGAAUAUUGCGCUUAUGUUACGCCACUCUCCUUAUCGUGCCUCCCAACCUCCUCAUACAAUGGCAGAAUGAGAUAGAGAAGCACACGCAGCCAGGCUCCCUGGAUGUCUUGGUUCUCGAAUCAUCUGCCAAGGAGAUUCCGCCCUACCAGACACUCAUGAAAUACGAUGUCGUUUUGAUCACUAAGGCCCGUUUUGAUCAAGAAUACCGUGACGAUGAUCUCAACCAGGGCAAACGUAUGUAUGGGCAAGAGAAGUUCCGCUCACCAUUGACUGAGGUUCGGUGGCUCAGAGUCAUCUGCGAUGAAGGCCAUGGCUUCGCUGGUUCAAGCUAUCGAACCCAUGCCAUGGCAAUGCUGGACAAAAUGUCAAUCGAAAGACGCUGGGUAGUGUCUGGUACACCAUCCCACUCGCUGCACGGCGUAGAGGUCAGUCUCGCACUGGACGAGGGCAAUUCAGAACUCGACUCCUCCCGAACCAGCUCCAUUGAACAGGCCUUGCAGCGCAGGAAAUUGAAAGACCCAGCCACGGAGGAAAUCAAGGACAUGGAGAGAUUGCGGGUCAUGGUGGUCAAAUUCCUCAAACUGCAGCCUUGGGCCAACCAGAAGGGUGCCGACUAUGCCGAUUGGAAGAAGUAUCUUUCUCCUUUUGAUGCUGAUGGCAAAAGGCGGUUCGCAUCUGCUCUACGCGAAGUGCUACAGUCCCUCAUCGUUCGGCAUCGGAUCGAGGACAUUGAUCUGGAUCUCUGCCUGCCUCCGUUGCACAACACCACCGUGCACCUGGAACCAACUUAUUACGACAAGCUCAGCAUGAACAUGUUUAGGAUGGUGCUGACUUCCAAUGCCAUCACUUCCGAGCGUGUAGACGAAGACUAUAUGUUUCAUCCCCGGAAUCGAAAAUUUCUGGACGACUUGGUCAAUAAUCUCCGGCAUUCGAGUUUCCACUGGGUGGGUUUUACCGAGCACGAGGUCACUGAAACCUUACGCGUGAGCAAUACUUAUCUAGACAAGAACAUCGACAAAAUCACUGAUGUUGACGGACGGGAAUUGACAGAGGCUAUCCUGAAUGGCGAGCGUGCAUUGAAGGAUCCAGGUUGGCGCGCCUUCUCCUUCUUUCAUGAAAUAGGGGUCUAUAUUGAAGGGUUCCCUGAACACUCCAGACAGGCUUGGGCGUUGCACGGCGAAGAUAAAAGCCCAUUACUGCUUGGGACGGUCCAAGCUCGAGAGGCACAACAAUAUGUGCUGAAGAAGCUCGAUUCAGAGGACCCUACCGAUGGUCUGACCGGUGCUGGGCUCCGAGCGAUGAAAGCUGCUAGAGAGCGUGCUACUGAGGAGCAGGAAGAGAUGACCAAGAAGUCUCAUAACGCAAACGGGAAAUCACCAACAGCUGGUGCAAGCGAUCAGCCUAAAGUGAAAAAUCAGUCAACGUCGUCGUCAGUUGGAUCUCCUUCAACCACACGCCCGUCCAGCAGGGGUGCCCGGCCAGAUGCCUUCUCUACGGGUCGGAAACGACCGAGAUCGGUCUCAAAUGCCACGCUGCCCUCCUCUCUGUCCAAGACCACCAUCGUCGGCUUCACCUCCGCCAAGCUAAAUUAUCUCUGCUCCCGCAUACUUUCAUUGCAACAGACGGAGAAGAUUAUAAUCUUCUACGAUUCCAACAACAUUGCCUUCUGGAUUGCGGAGGCACUGGAACUCCUGUCUGUGAAAUUUCUCAUCUAUGCCAAUACUCUUUCUGUCAACAGGAGAGCUGCCUAUCUCGCGACGUUCAAUCAAUCCGAAGUCUUCCGCGUCCUACUGAUGGACUUGAAGCAAGCCUCGCAUGGAUUGCACGUUGCUUCGGCGAGUCGUGUCUUUAUCGUGUCACCAAUAUGGCAGCCUAGUAUCGAGUCUCAAGCAAUCAAGAGAGCUCAUCGAAUCGGCCAAACCAAGCCGGUAUUUGUCGAGACCCUUGUUCUCAAAGGGACGUUAGAGGAGAAAAUCCUCCAAAGAAGGAGACAGAUGAGUAACGCCGAGUUGAUCAAGGCAGAGAAGAGUCUGUUAGACGACGGCACAAUGAAUGGCAUCAUCCGUGCAGAAGGGUUUCUGAAAAUUGCUGAUGGCGAGGAGAACCAGUUGAUUGGCGGCAAAUUGGAGUCACCGGUGCCACUUUUUGAAAGGAAGGAUGCGCUGGGAGGUCUCGAGAGCCAGGCCGACGAUGAUUGGAUUCUAGGCUUGGAAGAUGAAUAUGCCGCUAAGAAAACGAAGAAAACAAGGGGCAAAGGCAAGGCUGUGAUGUUUGCCUCGAUGGAGACGAUCGCCAUGGAUGUUGCUUCCCCAUCGCCAGCAGUGCCAUCGUCUAUAUUCGGUGGUGGCCUUAUUCAGCCAGACAAGCCAAAAAAGAGUGUGAGAAUCGCGGUCGAGAUUCCGCCGAGUGCUUAGGGCAGAGAUCUAUCUAUGGCGUUCAGAUAGAAGCAUGGUCUGUAACAGGUCAUGACAUGGGCUCAAUCUAAGAAUUCAGACACAAGAUGACAUCUGACUAGGCAUCCAUAGAUUUUUUGGAAUGUACGACAAGAUCAUCGGCCAGAUUGAC